GGUCGCUCUCGGCAAGGCCGAGGGGGGCAAAAAGGCCGCUCAGGCUGUGCGCCUCCGCGGCCGAUUUGACCUCGGUUGUUUCUGGUCCAUUUCCGCCGAGUCUGAGGGAUAAGCCGGGGCAGGCUCCAUCUAACCCUCCGAAGUGGCCUCAGCUCGUUUUUCUGUUCGUUUUUCUCAUUUCAUUAUUUAUGAUUUCGACCGCACAGUCGUCUGUCCGGGUCUUUUGUGGCGCGUUAAAAACGACAACAAACACCAACCAUGAAAGAUCCAAGUCGCAGCAGUACUAGCCCAAGCAUCAUCAAUGAAGAUGUGAUUAUUAACGGUCAUUCUCAUGAAGAUGAUAAUCCAUUUGCAGAGUACAUGUGGAUGGAAAACGAAGAGGAAUUCAACAGACAAAUAGAAGAGGAGUUGUGGGAAGAAGAAUUUAUUGAACGCUGUUUCCAAGAAAUGUUGGAAGAGGAAGAAGAACAUGAAUGGUUUAUUCCAGCUCGAGAUCUCCCACAAACUAUGGACCAAAUCCAAGACCAGUUUAAUGAUCUUGUUAUCAGUGAUGGCUCUUCUCUGGAAGAUCUUGUGGUCAAGAGCAAUCUGAAUCCAAAUGCAAAGGAGUUUGUUCCUGGGGUGAAGUACUAACAUAUUUGAGUAGACGGGGCCCUCUUUUGGUGGAUGUAGCACAAUUUCCACACUGUGAAGGCAGUAUUAGAAGACUUCAUUGUAAAAGCUCUCUCGUCACUGUGUUACACUUAUGCAUUGCCAAAGUUUUUGUUAGUCUGCAUGCUUAAUAAAAGUGCUGAGACUGUUACUAAGUAAGAAGCUGUCACACAGUUCCUGGAAGUAGAGUUGGCCCCGUGGCUUAAUGUAAAGACAGCAGUGGAAGAAGCACCAGUCAAUUGUGGCAAAGAACCAAAUUAAAUAAGCUCCAACUCUCACUGAAUUGUCUGUUUUUGAAGGUAGAUGGUCCCUUAGGAUUAAUUGACACUUUUUAAUAUCUACACUUUGUAAAAUAAGUAAAUGAGUAAGUUUAAAUUAAGUUCUGAUUGUUAAACAGAUUUUCUCAGUUGCAUUUGUCCAUUGAAAAUGACCUUUUCUGAAGAAAGUGUUAACUAGCAGUAAGUUAUCACACAAGAAUGUCUGCAGAGGGUACGGUGGUGGUCAGUUCAGAGCCAGGCUGGCUUUUGCCUGGUGCGUUAUCAUGUUAGGAACAUUGGGUUCGCCCAGCGGUGGUGAACUUGAAGAAGUAGGACUUGAGGCUUGUGUCUUCUGCGGAUCCACUGCAUCAUAGCCAUACGUGUGUGACGUCUGGCACAGGACCAACACCAGCCCAUCAUCCACUGGAGCACUAAAGAAGUGGAAGCAUGAUUCUGAGUGGUGCUCUUCCUUGCUUUGUUAACUAUCAUGACUAUAGUCUGCAGCACAAUUUUUCUUUUAACAAAGCUAGAACAGUUUUGGCUUCUUAAACUUCGUAUUUGGGUAGGUUAAGCUGCCAUACGUGUUCAGUGUGAAUAGUGUUUAAGUUGAAAAUAUUGUAAAAAAAUUAUAUUUUUUCAAAAAUAUUUAAAAAAAUAAAUAAUAGUAGAACUGA